UUUUGAAAGUGCAAUAAUAAAAAACGAUAAUGUGUUUGAUUAAAAAAUUUUUGUGAACAAUUCUCAUAUUAAUUUACAAAUAUGCAACCUCAAAUCGUUUCGGGUACAACAGUUGCCGCAGUUGAACAACAACAAUUACAAUCGCAACAACAGCAAACAACAACAUUAGUUAAGGAAUUUCGUAUUGUACCUGGAACUGCAGCAAUUGUGUCAUCAUCCACAUCUUCACCACCAAGUACAUCACAAAGUAUGCGCCCACCGCCACCUCCGCCACCAAAACAGCAUCAUCGUGUGCAUGUUCUGCAACCGACUGAAAUUAAACAGGAACGUCAGGGUACACCAAAUUCGGUUGUGAUUAUACAUCCAUCGGGACCAUCGAAUGGUUCGGCUCCAGGGCAUCAUCAACAACAACAACAGCAGCAACAUCAUCAUGGGUCCCAAGAGGAACCGUCUAGUUCCAUUCCAGAUUUAGAAUUUGAUGGUACGACAGUUUUAUGUCGUGUUUGUGGCGAUAAAGCAUCAGGUUUUCAUUACGGUGUACAUUCAUGCGAGGGAUGCAAGGGUUUCUUUCGACGAAGUAUACAACAAAAGAUCCAGUAUCGACCAUGCACAAAAAAUCAACAAUGUUCGAUAUUACGAAUCAAUCGAAAUCGUUGUCAAUAUUGUCGUUUGAAGAAAUGUAUUGCUGUUGGAAUGAGUCGAGAUGCGGUAAGAUUUGGCCGUGUCCCAAAACGAGAGAAGGCACGUAUUUUAGCAGCAAUGCAACAAAGCUCAAAUUCACGGUCACAAGAAAAAGCUGUUGCCGCUGAAUUAGAAGAUGAACAACGUUUAUUGACAACAGUGAUACGUGCUCAUAUCGAUACGUGUGAUUUUACGCGUGAUAAAGUUGAGCCGAUGUUAAAUCGGGCUCGUGAUCAACCAUCAUAUACAGCAUGUCCUCCUACUUUGGCGUGUCCAUUGAAUCCAAAUCCAGUACCAUUAACUGGCCAACAAGAAUUAUUACAAGACUUUUCCAAACGUUUCUCACCAGCCAUACGUGGUGUUGUUGAAUUUGCAAAACGUAUACCUGGUUUCUCAUUAUUGGCACAAGAUGAUCAAGUAACACUUUUAAAAGCUGGUGUCUUUGAAGUAUUACUUGUACGUUUAGCAUGUAUGUUUGAUGCACAAACCGCUAGUAUGGUCUGUUUAAAUGGACAAGUGUUGAAACGUGAAUCAAUACAUAAUUCAUCGAAUGCAAGAUUUUUAAUGGAUUCAAUGUUUGAAUUUGCCGAUCGUUUAAAUUCAUUACGUUUAUCUGAUGCUGAAGUUGGUUUGUUUUGUUCAAUUGUUGUAAUUGCUGCAGAUCGUCCUGGACUACGUAAUACAGAAUUAAUUGAACGUAUGCAUAUGAAAUUAAAGAAUGCAUUACAAAUGGUUGUUAGUCAAAAUCAUCCCGGUCAUCCGGACAUCUUACAUGAGUUAAUGAAGAAGAUACCUGACUUACGUACAUUAAAUACAUUACAUUCUGAGAAAUUAUUAGCAUUUAAAAUGACUGAACAACAGCAAUUACAACAACAAAUGCAACAGCAACAACAAAUAUGGAGUAACAAUAAUAAUACAUCACCAGACGAUGAAGUCAAUAGUAAGAGUCCUGCUGGUUCAACAUGGUCCUCAUCAUCAGAUGUUACAAUGGACGAAGCAAAGAGUCCGUUGGGUUCAGUCUCAAGUACGGAAUCAAUGUGCUCUGCUGGAGAAGUUGUAACAUUAAAUGAUUAUCACCAACAAACACAAUCACAUGUAAUCAGUCCACAUGUGAGUAGUGCACCAUUAUUGGCAGCAACCCUAGCUGGUGGUUUAUGUCCACAUCGUCAUCGUGCUAACUCUGGUUCAACAUCGUCUGGAGACGAUGAAAUGGCUGGAACAACAGCACAUUUAGCACAAAAUGGUUUAACAAUUACCCCAGUUGGUGGUCGACCUAUGACUUUCCAUCAUAAUCAACAUCAUCGAUUUAGGAAGCUAGAUUCACCCAGUGAUUCGGGUAUUGAAUCUGGUACAGAGAAAAUCGAUAAAAUUGCAAGCAGUACAGCAAGUAGUGCACCCACAUCGUUAUGCUCUAGUCCACGAUCUUCUUUGGAAGACCAUAACGAUGAUAAACAUCAUCAGAAUAGUCAUAUUGUUGAGGAUAUGCCAGUAUUGAAGCGUGUCUUACAAGCACCACCUUUGUAUGAUACCAAUUCAUUGAUGGAUGAAGCAUAUAAACCACAUAAAAAGUUCCGAGCGUUGAGAAAUAAAGACUCAGCGGAAGCGGAACCAAUGGUUGUUGUUUCACCACAACCUCCAAUCCAAAUUCAAGUGCCACAACAAAUUGAACGAGUGGCACCUCCAACACAUGCUAACAAUACGUACCAUACAUCACAAUUACAUUUACAUUUAACUGCAAAUACACAAUCAUCGUCUUCAACGUCGUCCUCGCUGUCCAGUACACAUUCAACACUGGCCAAAUCAUUAAUGGAAGGUCCUAGAAUGACAGCAGAACAAAAGAAACGCACUGAUAUUAUCCAUAAUUAUAUAAUGCGUGGCGAACCUGCAAGUCCUAGCCAAGAUUAUCCAACAGUGACUGUCUCACCUUUGGUAUCAACCGCUACAACAACAUGCCCGUACAAAUCAAAUAGUAAUUUAUUAGUAUGUGCAUCCUCGUCGCCAUCACAACAUAAUUAUCACUACGUAUCAGCGCAGGCAUCAUCACCGAAACAUCAAUGGAGUAAUGGUUAUAGUAAUAGUACAAGUGUGAUAACAACGACGACAGGACAACGUAGUGGGAGUGGUAGUCAAACACCCACCACCUACAUGGUGAUAUCAAAUAAUUCCUCAACACCUCCACCAAACACCGCUACCAAUUCAACGACGAGCAGUGGUGCCCAACAAUCCGAAUUUCCUAGAAUAUAUUUCCAUGCACAAUCUCCACAUCAUUGUGCGUCCUCAUCCACAUCACCAGUUCCUCCAACAGUGGUUUUACAUCGAAAAUCACCACCAACAAUAAUCAAUUCACCAGUAUCCUCACCCACAUCCAGUAUUGUGAUUAGUCCCACACCAAAAAUGAUGGAAUUACAAGUGGACAUCGCGGAUUCACAGCAACCAUUAAAUUUAUCAAAGAAAUCACCAUCGCCAUCACCAAGACCGUUAAGUGCGACCACUGUACAACAUAAAGUGGUGUCGUUAGAGGCUUAAAUCAAAAAAAACUUUGUGUGUAAAGACAGUUUGAAAGUGAAAUGUACAAACGACCAAACCACCGAUUUGAACUUUUUAAAAAUAAAACAAAAAAUGUAUAGUACAAAGAAAUUUAACCGUUUUUUGGUGUGGCUCCCCGCAAAAAAAGACUUAAUGUGAUGUUUUUAAAGACAUUGUGUAUUGUGUGAGGUGCUCUCUGUCUCUCUUGAUCGUCGAUAAUAUGAGACGAUAAGGACAUGUAUAUUGUUGUAUUUAUUUAUAAAUAAUGAUGUAAGUUUUUACCUACAAGACAUUUUGAAUCAGACAAUGUAUAAUUCUCUGAUAAAUAGACAAUGAUGGUGCCACUUUAAUCGUAUUACAAACCAAAUAAUUUAUAAUUUAUUAAUUACAUAAUUAAUCUAAUUAAUAUAAAUAUUAUUAAAAUUAAAAAUUUAAAAAAAUAAUUAUUGUUUACGUGUGAAGUUUUAUCAACAAACAAAAAAAAAUAACUAUAUAAACAUUUUUAGUGUGUAAGUAGUCUUUGAUGAUUCAAAAAAACAAAAAGACCCCACAAAUUCUUUUUAAAUGUAAAAAAUUCGUUGUGCGUAACCCCCCUUAUCCCAAAAACUCCCCCUCAUCAUAAAGACUUUUUUUUUGUGAUACACAAACGAGAGAGUAUUCUAUAUAUAUUUUAAUU